AUGUUUGUCCGCCACACGCGUAGCAGCACGGCCGUCCCCGACCGCCAGAAGGAUCUCCCUGUGGUGGUUUUCGCCUCUCGAAAGUCCAAGACGAAUGCGACCAACAGGCUGACCCACCAAUUCUUGGCCCGGCACAUCAACUUCGCGCUCUGCGGUGUUGGUGGUCUUUUUCUGUGGAUUCAUUUCGUCUACGACCUCGUGCCACUGCGAUUCGGAGCGGACAUCAUUCCGCCACUGGACUUCAGCGACCCCCUCCAGUGGUCAAAGAAGCACAUUUUUUUCCCAUUGAGGCACGGAAGGGAACAACUGCAGGAAGAGCUUCCGUACGUGACUCACAACAACUGGAUUAAUUGGGUCAUGAACGAAGUAGCUCAACCGCCCUGGCGGAUUAGCAAAAAGACCCAUGCGUUUCGCCGAUCGGGAGCCCAAGGCCUGAGUGACGAUCGCUGUCCCGACCCCGACAUCAACGCUCUCGGCGGCUGGGAGCAGGGCGAGAUGCGAAAAUCCUACGUCGUGGGAGUUCCGUUUUGGCCGGUCUUGAUGAUGGCCGGAUUCAGUGGGGAGCCGGGAGAUUACUACGUUGGCAGAGCGCACGCUAAACUUGACAAUCCAACCGAGUGGGAACAGUUGCAAGACCUCUUCAAGCUGUUCAUCUUCCCGCGCCUCGAAUCUGAUUUGGCAAAGGGUGUGAAGGACGAUACUGGCGACAAAAAAAUGAAGCGGAUGAGGAACGUGAUGCUCACCGUCGAGAAGUACAAGGCUAAUGAAUCGGAGGAGGCCACCCGAGAUGCCAUUGCGAAGAUCCAAAAGGACGUGGUGGAUCGGAGUUCGAUCAGCGCUCUGGCGGAUGGCGUGAUUCUCGGAAACGAGCCACCUCCGAAGAGGGAUAAUCCCGGCAAGGAUAAGACGACGGAGAACAAGCGCCGCAAGGUCGGGUACCUCUUCUUCGCCGCCCAGAUGGAAGGUGACGCGUGGGGAGAGAAGAUGUUUGGGGAAGAUGUUUGGAAGCAGAUCAAGAUUGACGAGCCAAAGAAGCUGGCUAAACUGAAGAAGUAG